AUGCUGGAACUUUUUAGGGCGGAGUCUGCCUCCUAUGGCACUCAGGUGUACGAUGAGUGCCAAACACCAAUUCUUGAUUCAUGUGAUCAUUUCUAUUUGGAAUGUUUGGAGAAAUCACAUUCAUGUGGUGACGAUGAGGGUUACGCUCUUGGUUUUGGCCUUGGGCUGUGCCAACAUUAUCCGGCACCAGAACUCUUUUCGGUAGGGUUGAGAGCCUGGUACAGGGAGCUGCGACGGUGCCUAAAGUUUUCCCUGGUUGAAACACUGGACAAAGCCGAUGGCAUGACGUGCAAUGACCUCGAGCAGUUUCUUACGGUGGAUCAUUACCGUGAUUGUUUCAAUCAAUAUAAUGAUGGUAACAGCAUAUGUGGUGGAGACAAUUACAAGGACUUGUUGGAUGUGUUGAGAGACCUAGAGUUUUAUUUUGAAAAGAACCAAGCUUUUUGGGAUGCGUUUGUCAGAUAUGCGAAUUCUUGUGGUCUGACAACAAAUGAAUGGCGCUUUUAUGACAUUCCAAUUAUAAAUAUUCCUACUACUUUUGAAGAUUGGCCAGAAAACAUCAACGAAUUCAUAUUCAUUGGGAAGGUUGAAAUCAGUUUCAAGCUUUUGCAGCCCUAUUUCGAUCUAACGACAGAACAAUCAGAAGAUAUAGUGGACACGGUACUCUGGCUCUUGCGGGUGAGCAUCGAUUUUUCUUCGUUUGAGAAGAUAACAAGAUUUGGAGAGACCUCUAUUUCAGAAGACAAGACCUGGACUUUUAAAUUGCUGGUUGUUGCUCAAGACGAAGACGCAGCAGAAAGGGUGGCUGCAGAUGUGAGAGCAUAUUUUUCCUCAAAUCUAAAUGGAAAUGAUGGCGUUAUUGUUGUGCCAGAUUAUGACGACGACGAUGUCGAUGAUGCUUUUGUUGCGCUUUCCGAAUACGUUGAGUUCUUGUAUGCGGAGAAAGUCAAUAAAACCAGCUGCCAGGAGCCAUCAGGGAAAACGUGCAAAUUCUAUUCUGAAUGCUUGGAAGAAAAGUUUCAAUGUGGAGAUUCAGGAUAUCCCCUUGCCUUUGGAUUGCACUAUUGUGAAGUCUUUCUACGAAAUGAUCCAGACUUUUCAGAAGAAGGACUUGUUUGGGCAGCCAAAGUUCGACAGUGUUUGCAGGAUGCACUUGUCGAAACACUGGACAGAGAUAUGAGUUGCGAGGAAGUCGAAACCUUUGCCUUUGAUAGCCACCCGGAAUGUUAUGCGUCAACCGGGUAUUGCUUCAUUCCAGUUUCUGAUUGGUGGAAUCUCUUCUGGGCAGUGGAACCGAAUGUCCAAAUCUCAGGAGCUUUUUGGAGUCAAGUGGGCCAAACGAUCAUGCUAUGUGGGCCAAAAUGGGUGCACGCGGCGGAGUUUCUGGUGAUGCUCGGGAAGCUAUAUUCGGAGAUGGUGGCGGAGGACAUGAAACAGUCGUAUGUGGAUACUGUUCUUCUCUUGGAGUCCUUAGUCAGUAAAGGAACAGAAUACAUCUUCCGCGUGGCGCCUAUUAUGAAUAACAAUAGACGCCUGGCCUCAUCCCCCGGAACAUCGUUACAGAUGAGUGACACUAUCAAUGCGACCGCGAUUGUUAAUGAUUUCAUCACCAACUAUAUAUUUACGAUGGAUGACAUUGAUGCAAUGGUGUUACCUGGUGAAGUUAUUAGCCCGGUUGAUGGGACGAAUACAUUGUCAUUCAAUCUGUUUGUUGUUGGGCUCGAUAAAACGACUACUGAUAUGGUCUUCUCGAAGGUUGCAGACUUGUUUGAGUCGACAUCCACUGUGACUGUCGAUGGAUUCAACUUGGAAUUAAUAUCUGCUACCAAAUUCGAUUACGACUUUUUGGAAGGUACAUCAUCCUUGAGCCCUACGAUGGAACCAACUGAUAGGAUUCAGGCAUCUAUAGGACCCAGCACAAGCUCUCCAACAGCACUGAUCACUACCGAUGGUUUGGAAGGUACAUCAUCCUUGAGCCCUACGAUGGAACCAACUGAUAGGAUCCCGGCAUCUACAGGACCCAGCACAAGCUCUCCAACAGCACUGAGCACUACCGAUGGUGUGGAGGCUGCAUCUUUGACCCCCACGAUGGAUGUCUCAGGUCGCCCACCUGAAACUCUUUGCCAGCCAACCGUCGGUUGA